AUGGAGGAGCAGCUCACCAAAGCCACCACGGUGGAGUGGGCAGCCACUGGCCUGAUGGCAGCGCAGGCCACCAUGCAUUGGGGUCGUGCAAACUGUACCGCGCAAAGUUCGCGAGCUGCUCAGCACGAAUUGCUCAGCGGCGCUACGACUGGACUGGCUGCUCUUCUCUACCUGGCCAUGGCGUGCGGCAUCUCGGAGGCCUACGAGGCUUUCGAGGCCGACGGCAGCACGCAGCGGCUCUUCUUCCACAUUGCCUAUCUCGGUCGGGCGUUCGUGCCAUGCCUGUUGCUCCUGAACAUAAGCACGCUGGCUCGGGAGCGCAGAUCCUCAGCGGCCGCAUUGAUGGCUGCCUGGGUGACGCAGGUCCUGGCGCUGUACCUGGGCCAACUGGCAAAGGCACAGCAGAGAUGGAUCUUUCUCCUAGCAGCAGUGGUGGCGCUCGUGCCCAUGGCCAUCACGAUGUGUGCGGCCAUGGGGGGCCGGCUCCACGAGUCCUCGCUGAUGACAGCUUACCGCUUCCUGGUGACAUGGGUGUGUGUAUGCGGCGCCGGCUUCUGCUGGUUAUUCCUCUUCUGCCAAGUCUUUCGUUUCUUGGAGGUGCACACAGAGGUGGUGCUGGGUGCCCUCCUCGACUACUGCCUGCUUGGGGUCUCCAGCCUAGUCAUCAGCUGUGCGGGGCCUGACGUGCAAGCUCCGCUGCUUCCCGGUCAGGAGGAGGAGCUCUCACUCUAUCCGGGUCCACACACUCAUGGCUUCUUCCCGAACUUGGACUCCUGCACCGUGACAUGA